AUGACUUCAGACCGAACUCUGCAACUUUAUUGGGAGCUUUGUGCUAUGGUCGAUUAGUUAAAGCUCCUCCAAAAUUGUGUUUGGCACUUCUGUUAAAUUAUUCCAUUAAUUGUAAAUAAACAUAUAUCUGAAAUGGUAUUAUAUGAACGGUAAAAAGUGUUACACGUCGCUAAGUGUUAUAAUAAUUUUGGAAUGGGCUGUGAUCUUAAAAGUGCGAGGACAAAGUUAUGCUAAUUUACUCCCCAUGUUACCGGGUUUCACCUAUGUACCUGGCGUUAGAAGACUCGAGGUAUCGGAAGAGAUGGUGAAGUGAUCGCCGCGAGAUGGUUCCAUGUGUGGUUGCCUUGCUGCUCCUGGUCCGGGCCUGCCACGUGCACGCUCUAGACAUUUCUCAAUGCAUCGCCCCUCUGGGUAUGGAGAGCGGCCUGAUCCCGGACAAGGACGUCACGGCCAGCUCCUCCUUCAACAACGACAAUGUCGCCCCGCAGAAUGGCAGACUCAACCAGGAGAUAAAGGGCGGCGCGUGGUGUCCCAAAUCGCAGAUCACCACCGAGUCCUCAGAAUGGUUGGAGAUCAACCUGCACUCGGUGCACGUGAUCACGGCGACGAGCACUCAGGGCCGCUUCGGGAACUCGCAGGGGGUGGAGUACGCGGAGAGCUACGUGCUGGAGUACUGGCGGCCCAAGCUGGCCAAGUGGAUGCGAUAUCGCUCCUCCGAUGGGCAUGAGAUAUUACCCGGGAACACGAACACGUAUCUGGAAAAGAAGAAUCAUCUAGAACCACCGAUCUGGGCGUCCAAGAUCCGCUUCAUCCCGUACAGCUCCCACCGUCGCACAGUGUGCAUGCGAGUCGAACUUUAUGGAUGCUAUUGGAGUGUCGGCAUCGUAUCCUACUCAAUGCCAAAAGGCGACAAGCGUAGCAACGGCGUGGAACUGACCGACACGAUAUAUGACGGCCAGUGGGGGGAGGAGCUCAAGGGUGGUCUCGGCCAGCUGGUUGACGGCCAGUUUGGGGGCGACGAGAUACGGGAAGCCGCUAAGAACUUGGCCUGGGUCGGAUGGAGGAACGACUCGAGGCCUAACCCUCCAGUUAUCACCUUUGAGUUCGAUAAAGUGCGCGAGUUCAGCGCUGUGCACUUGUUCUGUAAUAACAAGUUCAUGAGGGAUGUACAGGUAUUCUCCGAGGCGAUAAUUUCGUUCUCGAUCGGCGGCCGGCACUUCCAAGACGAGCCGAUCCAUUACACGCCGGUCAGCGACAAUAUAUUCGAAAAUUCUAGAAAUGUCAGCAUAAAGCUACAUCACAGGAUCGGCAAGUGGGUGCGGAUUGAACUGCGCUUCUCGGCGCGAUGGAUUUUGAUCAGCGAAGUCGUUUUUGACUCGGAUGUUGCGCAAGGCAACUACACACCGGAGAGUUCGAAACCGGUCCAAACGAAGGACAAAACGAAACUGAUACCCACAAGCAAUGUGCCCAUAUCCACCGCGCACCAAGACGACCCGCUAUACAUGGCGAUAGUAGUCGGUGUCCUAACCGCUCUAGUGAUACUCCUUAUAGUCGCCGUAUUCCUAAUAGUUCAUAGACACAGGCAUAGAAAAUGCUUCGCCUCGCCCUUAGCCAAAACGACCAUAGCGCAAAAGAGGACGGUACCAGAGAGCUACAACACGUGCGGUACCUCAAUGUUGCCAGACAACAAAAUGUUAGACUGUGGUUUAGAUGUUAAGUCCGACGAAUAUCAAGAGCCAUAUCAGGCUUUGAAGUGCGCGCCAUAUUUUAGUUAUAGUACUGUACUGCUAGAGAUGAAAGACUUUGUUAAGGAUUCCAAUACAGCUUUAUCUGACAGUUCGAACUACGACUACGCGGUGCCCGAGCUGAGUUCAGCGCCGCUGCUGACGAAGCGGCGUCUCGCUGACGAGCUCUCGGAGCGCGGCACUGUGCUGGUCGGCGAACGGGACCCGCCCAGUGACCGGGACACCCGCCGCUCGGCCAGCUCCAAGCGGAGUGCACGGUCACCGAGUCAACAAGAAGUGCUAUUAGAUGCAAAGCGAAGACUCGAGACCACUAACGUGAUCGAGUUCCCGCGACAUAGACUGAGAAUGAUCUCCAAGCUUGCCGAAGGGGCAUUUGGCACGGUGUACGUAGCGGAAGCGGACGGCGUGCCCGAGUACAACGGCACGAUCACGUCAGAGAAGCGGCUCGUCGCCGUCAAGUUCCUCUGCCACGAUGCCUCGCUCAAGGAGAGGUACAUCAUGGAGGAAUUCGAAAGGGACGUACGCAUUUUGGCGGCGCUAUCGUCACCGCACUUGGCCCGAGUGUUGGGCGCGUGUCGUUCGCCGCCUUUGGCUGUUGUGCUGGAGUAUCUCGAAUUAGGUGACUUAUGUUCGUUCCUACGUACAACGGCACCGCCGUCUAUGGCGACGCUACUCCACGUGGCGACGCAGAUCGCGGCCGGCAUGCAGUACUUGGAGUCACUUAAUUUCGUUCAUAGAGAUCUGGCGGCCAGGAAUUGCCUCGUCGGCAAAGGCUAUCAGGUCAAAAUAAGCGACUUCGGGACCGACAAUGAGCUAUACGCGUGCGACUACUACAAAGUGGAUGGUAGGAUACCACUACCACUCCGCUGGGCUGCGUGGGAGUCCGUACUGCGCGGGAAGUAUACGACCAAGAGCGAUGUAUGGGCGUUCGCUGUGACCCUGCAUGAGGUGUUCACGCUCUGCCGACGUAGGCCCUACGAGCAUUUGACUGAGGCUGAGGUACUAGAGAACCUAUCGCACCUGCAAGCGGACGACGAUCUCUUCGAGUGCAUAGAGCGCGCGGCCGGCAUCCCGCGAGACAUGUACGAGCUGAUGCGUGAGUGCUGGCGCCGGGAUGAACCAGACCGGCCAACAUUUGCCGAGAUACAUCUGUUCUUGCAGAGAAAGUGUUUAAGCCUGGCCACGUGAUAUACGAGCUGGCUGGACGCGUACUCGCUCACUAGGAUGUAACCGAGACGAAACUUCUAGAAAUUCUGCUCCCCCCCCCCCCCCCCCCCUCCAAUAAAUAGUCGUACAUGUAACAAGUCCCCCCGUAACAGCUAAUUAGCUGAGUGCACCUGUUCCUGCGGCGCAAGUGCUCGAAAACGUCGAAACUUCUGGAAAAACUAGGUACUUUGGAAACUCCCCUCCCUCCAAUAACACUCGUACAUGUACAAGUCCCGCUUACUGAUUCUUCUAGAACGUUUCCCCCGUGACUUACUCCAUCUUGAUUUGCUCGAAUAAUCCCAAAUAAUAUAUGUGACAUAGAGGUUGGCUCGACGCGUAACCGCUGCUCACCAAGUUAAUUUGCUCGAUUACACACCCCUAAACAUUUUUGCCUCGUCCCAGUAUUACCACCUUAAACAACUCUAUUCAUUUGCCCAACCCCCCGCCCCUCCUUAUCCCUUUCAUCGAAUAUGCCAAUAAUACAGAAAUGUUAAUGCUUACGACGACAAAAUGACUAUAAACAUGCGCAUGUCGCAAAUAAUCUCUUAUUAAAAUAAUUACAAACGAUUUUAAUGAUAAAAACAGGAUGUAAUUAAAAUGUCUGCUUUAUAUUUUGUAUGACUGCGAAAGGAAGGGUUAUGUUUUGACUUUUGAGUGAUGUAAUAACCUAAUCGGUGUUUGUUGCACAGUUGCGAAAUUAAAGAGAAUCUAAGAGAUAAAUGGCCUAAACAGCUGAACAUUAUUCAGUUUGUAUGAUAUUUAACACAUUGUUAAUAUUUUCUACGAUUGCUUACAACGGCUAGAACAGCAUAGAGAUUAGAACAUCAAAUUAUAUGGUUUGUAAAACACAUGUGUGUUUUUUUCCAUAUUGUAUCUAAAUUAAUUACUGAAUGUUCGCAGCAAACAUAAGGAUUAAAUAAUGAAUUAAAAUUGUCAUGAGGCUAAACUAGCAAGUAUAUUGUAGAAUAUAUACUGUGGAAAUAUUUCGUAGUGUUGUUAUGAAAGAUGUGUACAAGAGUGAACGUUUCUGAACGAAAUAUGUUAUGUCAAUGUCAAAACAAUGUAUUGGUUUCCAAAAAAAAAAAAAAAAUUAAUUAUGUUUAAGAGCUAGCACGCAAGAGCAACUUUUGUCUCCGCAACUAUUUUGUCU